UUAAAAAUGUGAUAUACUCCGCUUCUAAAAACUGUUCAAGUGCUUUCUAUGAGAACGUUUAUUAUAACGAUCGCGUUACGUCAUUAAUUAUGUCAUAAUGGAGGCAUAAAUACUAUUAACGUAUUGAAAAAUUCACCAUUUUUAAGGGUAAAACAUAAAAAAUUAGAUUUUUAAUAUCAUACAUUAGACGAAAUAUUGAAAGUUAACUUGCGAUUGUACUAUGCUAUCAUUAGAACUAUACACGUUAUUAUAACUAGAUGCAAGUUCGUAAAUGCACAACACGACACGAUGAUACGCCUACCAUUUUUAAAAUGAAGUACUGCUUAUAUGUGCUUACGGAGUACAAAUGAAUUAGAACUAUUAUUUUAUUGAUUAAAUGUGAAUACAAUAAAGAACCAUAUUCGCACAAUGCGAUUAGUAUUAGGAUGUACAGGAGGUAAAAUUAAAAGAUUUACGAAUACUAGAAAUACUGUUAUAAACUAUAAAAAUGAACCUAUCCAUACUAACCUCGAUACUAUCCUGAAAUCAGCUGUUACAAGCAGACGAUAAGCAGGAUAUGGAAAUUAGUGAAACAGAUGUACAGAUAACAAAUCGUCCUAUUGACUUUAUUUCGGUAUAUGUCAAGGAAGAGAAUGAUGAAUGUGAAACAGACUUUAAUGAUGUUGAAAUUAUUGCUGCAGCACAGCAUUUUUGUUCUAUUGAAAUAAAAGAAAGCAAAUGUUACGAUAAAAAUUAUAAACGAAGAGAGUUUAAUAUAGAUAAUGAUAAUAGCUGGGAAGAUAGAAAAAAUAUAGAUUCACCCAAUUCUAAUACAGAUGCUAUGCAAUCUAGCGAAGCUUGCAAUAUUGGUAGCAUUCUAACAGACUCUAUUUGUCUGGAUACAUUAGAUUCUGAUGCUACAAAUGAUCAAAUUAAAAAACAAAUUAAUCAGCCUUCCGAAGUUUUUGAAUCUCAAUCGGAAGAUACAGAAACAAAUUAUAAUAUCUCGACUGUUGCUACGUCUAAUCAAUUUUUAGAAAGCUUGAGUCUAGAUAUAAAGAAAGAAAAUAAACAAUCAGGACAUAAAUCUAAUUCCGAUGGAAUUUAUAUGACAGAAUGGUUAUGCGACGUAAACAAUGAUGCAAAUCUAAGAUUAAAAGUUUUGAAGAACGAUAAACAAGAAGUACAAAUUCCCACUGACAUUGAAGCUACAAUUACACCGAUAGCUAUUUGUAAAGAUCAAACAUUAGACCACAGUGGUAAUUUGACAAAAGAAGAAACUAAAAAAUACAAUACAAGCAAAAAAAGAACAAAAUUAAAGUCAUCGACAAUAAAUGAUUACGAAGAAAGAUUAAGGAAAAAAGCUGAAUGCAUGAGAGAAAAACGUAGAAAGUUGUAUGAAAAUGAAAGUGAGGAACAAAGAAUACAAAGACUUGCAAGAGAAGCUGCCAAAAGACGAGAAAUGAGAAUGUAUUACGAAACUCCAGAGCAAAGAAGAAAACGACUUGAUGCUGAGGCAGCAAGAAAAAGGCAAUAUAGAUUGUAUAACGAAACACCAGAUGAUAGAAGAAAACGAUUAGACAGAGAAGCAGAAAGAAGAAGAAUUAAGCGUCUCUCUUUAUAUGCCAGUGAAUCUCCAGAACAACGCAGAGAACGAUUAAACAGAGAAUCUGCCAAAAGAAGAGAGGCUAGAUUAAAUCAAUAUGCAAAAGAAACGGAGGAAGAAAGGAAGGAAAGAUUACGUAAAGAUGCUUUAAGAGCCCGAGAAAUAAGAUUCACAAGAACUGCAGUAGAAACUGAAGAGGAACGUAGACGAAGGUUAGUAAAAGAUGCUCUUAGAAAAAGAGAGGUAAGAAUGCAUGGAAAUCAUUCGGUAAACAGCGGUUUUACAGAACUUCAAACUGUUCGUAAUUUUGAAGAAUUAAACAAUGCACAGAUAAAAAACAAUCCAGAUAAUCAAAUAGGAGGUCAUUAUCUUAGUAACUGGAUGAUGUGGUUUCAAAAUACACUAGCUCAGCCUGUACAUAUUGGAGACCAAAUAUUCGAAUCACGUCCACAAAAUAGUGGAUAAACAUAUUAUUCUCUAUAUUACUUUUUACUGACCAAAUAAAUUAAAAACUAUUAUAGACAAAUAAUAACUGGAAUAAAUGUGCUUUUUCCAUACUUCUCACGCCAUUUUAAAAAAUAGUUAUCAGACUGUUUUCUUAUGUUUUGCUUACAUUAAAGAGUAUUUUAAUCCAUUUCAGUUGGAACAGUAUUAUCACUGAUCUACCAAACUAGAAAUGACUGUACAAGACUUAUUAGUAAUAAUAUUUUAUAUAAUGUAAAUA